AAAUCGAAUGUCGAUUAUCAAAGCUAUUUGAAACGUGAAGCUGCCGAUCUGCUACUAUGUUAGUCAUGUAACGUGCGAACACUCAUAACUGCAGCACGUUGGACACCGGUUAGUAAUCUAAAGUGAAUAGGUGCGACAUCCGUGGCUGAUUUGUUGUUUUAGACUCAUAAAUAUAGUACGAAGUUAUAAUUAAUCAACUGCGUCGUAAUCUGUUUGAAAUAAUUAUUGUAAUCGUUGAACGAAAUGGCACCCCGUAAACCUGUAAAGCAUUCCGAUUCGGAGGUUGUAGACAGAGCCGCGGAAGCCGGCGAUGCAUCGCCGCCGAAAAGAAAGAAAACCGUUUCAAAGGUUACGACUAAAAACAACGAGGAAAAACAAAUUAGAUUACCAAGAGCUGCAAAAUCGGCUAAAACCGAGCAAACUGAAGUCCCAGACACGACUUCCGUCGCGACUAAGAACGCAAAAGUAAAAAAUAAGAUAUUGCAGCCAUCUAAAAAUGCGUCGACCGCUAUAAAAACAAAUACGAAAAUCAAAUCUACAGCAGCAAAGAAAAAUAAAGAAACCGAGGAGAAAACCAACGUAACUUCGACAAAUGUAGAAGCUACGACGAUUGUUGAAGAAACAGAAACGAAAAGGACACGUACAAAAGCUACAACAAAAAAGGCGGGAACGGAUGUUGACGAAGAGCCUAAGGCAAAAGCAAAAGGACGACCGAAAAAAGGAGCAGCUACUGAGAGUGUAGAAAGCCUAGAAGCACCAGCUGCAAAAAAGAAAAGGUUAGCAAAUGUUGAUACAGGUCCAAAAGAAAGCAAAGCAAAAGCAACAAAAAAGAAAGCUAAUGCGGAUGUUGAUGUAAAGAACAAAGCUUCCACUAAUAAAAGUAAAGCCACUGCUACUAGUAAGUCUAAAAAUGAUAUUAAUAAGACAGAAGAAAUAAAUACAACUGCGAAAGCAGCUAAAAAAACAGAUAAUAAAGUUACAAAAACAGUUGCCAGAAAAACAAGAGGGCGUAAAAAUGGAGCUACUGUAGAAGAUACAUCGAAAGAUGACGAUGAAUCAAAAGUAACAGAGGAAUCAUCUUCGGAAGCAGUAAAUACUAGCGAUAAUGAAAAUCAAGAGGAGAAUGAUCAGUUGGAAACAACAGAAUUGGUUCAACCACAGAAGAAAGGAAGAAAUCUGAAGAAGAAAGAGGAAACUGCUCCUCAAAAGAGAGCUACCAAAACUCGAGGUAAAGGUGGUAAUCGUAAUGCUGCUUUGAACGAAGAUGACGAUGCCGCCUUAAAUGAAGAGGAUAGCGAUACAGUAAAAGCAGUUAAGGACACACAAAAGAAAACAAAUAAGGAAAAUGUAUCAACAACAGCUGCCAAAAGAGGACGAGGAAAGAAAGGAGCUGGUACAACUAUAGCAAAUAAUGAAAAUGGGGAAAAGGUUUCAGAGAAUUCUGCUGCAGAGGAGAAUGCAUUAAAUUCAGCUGAAAUUCUAACUAGCAAUAACAAUGUACAAAAGUCAUUGGAAGAUGAUGAUGACAAAGAACAAGGUGCUGAAGUAGAACAAAACAAAAUAAAUGAAACCAUCACAAUUAAAAACGAAGUAAAUCAAGAUGACUUGAGCACAACAGUACACGAAAAAGAAAAUUAACGGGAAAAGAAUAUGGCUAGUAUAGGCUGAACAACAUUGAACAUUCCAUCAGUCUUGACGAGUUUCAAUCAUUUUUAACGCUAGAAUGCCAGUGUUUUUCGAUGUUGUGUUUCAUUUAAUUCUUUAAGAAAUGUUACAAAAUUUUUAAGAUUGAAAAGUAAUUAAUAAAUCAUAUUUUUUAAUAUUACAUAGUAUAUGAAACUAACAUGCACUGUCAUUCUAGAAUUAAUACUAUCAUUACUAAGAAUGUUUUAUUACAUUCACAUGAUUAUUGGUUGAGUACUUCAAAGUAGGACUAAGGAAAUAUUUAAAAAUGAGCAAGCUCGUUCUUUUUUAGCAGUUUUUACUACAAUGUUUGACAAAAAUGUAUUGUUUUUUUAAUUAUAUUCUUGCUGAUAUAAUAUAAUAGGUAUAUCUAUACAAAGACAAUUGGUUAUUCUGGCUUCUGAUUUUAGUUAAAAAUGUAUUUUGAUUUUCUUAUGCUUUUGUAAUUAAUUAAACUUUAUUGUUAGUAUUAAAAACAUGUUGUAUUUGUAUUAAAAUUCAGUAUUGAUUUUCUUUUCCACUAUGCGGGACGUUUAUGGAUUAUAGGAUGACAAUGUAUCAAAAUCAAUAUAUCUUUUAUUCAUAAAAAAUGUCCAUAAUUUUCUUUAUUAAAUACGAGUGUUUAGCACAAAUUUUGGCGCUAAACUUUUAUAACAAAUAUCUAACAAGAUGGCGGUAACAAGAUAACGCCAUUGUGAUGAUCGAUAUCUCGCGAUAUGGAUCGAUCUAUUUUUUCAAAGCAUUUGUUAAAAAAUAACCAUCUAUGAUAUCGCUAUACUUUCUAUUUUAUUUUCUACGCUACACAUGUAUACCAUUGAAUAUAUACUCAAUAACGGGAAAGAAAACUUGGUAUCGGUUUCUUUCAUGGAUUCCUUACACAUGUACAAUAGAAUGUAUUCUUCGUUCAACAAGAGAACAUACCUGUUUUGCGCAGCUCAGGGAGGCCAACUACUUCUUAUUUCUAACUUCGUGGUCAUAUAUACGGUGGACACAAAUGUACAUAUGAUUAAGCGAAGCAAACGAUCGCAUUGAAGGUCGGGGACUAUACUGAAUAUAAGGCCACUGGGUAUACUGCGCAGUGCCAUAAUGCGUUUGCGCAGACGAAGCUGCGCAGAAUGAACGAAAAUACGUCGUACGAUAAGUAUUAUUCAUUGAACAAAUAAUACAUACAGUGUUCUGAAAACCAGGUUCAAUUUCGACCUAACUCUAACCUAUUUUUUACGAACUAAUUGAUCUAGAGACUUUUUGGUUUAUAAUAUUGCUUGCAUUUGAUUGUCGCCACAUAAUGCUUCUACAUACAGAUGACGUAGUGCUAUCUAUAAGAUUGUAGUAAGCUUAGAACGCUGUCCGUUGUGGAUCGAGGAAGCAGUGAGAAACAACGGCGGAAGUGGGGAUCGUGCGCCAUUUUCUAUUUUUGCAUAGCAGUGAAUUAGUGUUGUGUGUGUACAUUUUGUGUGAUAAAUCGAUGGAUAAAUAGUAAUUGGAAGAGGACGUGUCGAAGUAAUGAAAUGAUUUUGGGAAACACGUGCUUCGAAUCUCACGCAAUUAA